AUGUCGAAUCUCAGAUACUCAGAAUCCGACGAGGACCGUUCCUUCGACGGUGCCGAAAAGGAUGCCCUACUAAAUGACGGGCCUCAGCCUUCAGAUGCUAUAUCUCGGCGGCUUCUGGUAAUUGCUCUAAUUUCACAGUCCCUGCUCAACUUGGCCUUGAUACUGGCCUGUGUCGGUCUGUUUAUAUGGGGUCAAUCCGCAUUGAAAAUGCAGCAGCAGCAGCAGCAAGAAGAUUAUUCGAUUCUUAACGCAUUCGGGACCAGCGAGGAAUACAUGACUUUAGACCAUGCAUUCGACCAUUUGUGGUCGGAGACGGGCAAUUCGUCGAUUGUCAAAACAGAUGAUUCUGACAAGGUGGAGUCUAUUAGCAUGUUCCAUCAGCUGCACUGUCUCGGAUCAAUACGACAUGCCUUGCAGCAGUCAAAAGAAGGAAUCGACAUCGGCAUGGACUUUCACGAUAACGCGCAUUGGCCGCACUGUCUAGACUACCUUCGCCAGACUAUUCUGUGCUUUGCAGAUGACACCAUGGAGCAGCAGACACUGCUGUCAAAUGGCACCAGGUCUAAGGUUAUUACUGGCCUCAAGGAUGUGAGGAAAUGCCGCCCUCGCGAGCAGUUGUAUGCUCUGAGAGCGGAGCAUGGUAUUUUUAUUCCGGGCAACUGA